AUGGAUCCCAGACUGUACCGUUCUGCAGUUGAAGGGGACAUAUUUCUCCUUCGUAAGGUAGUGAUUCAAGCCGAACAACCAGACUUACUCCUUUACAACAUCACAACCCAAAAGAACAAUGUUCUUCACAUUGCAGUAAGAUCAAGUCGCAAGGAAUUCAUAAAACAUGUAAUUCGUAUUUGUCCAUCUCUUUUGGCUCAGCCCAACUCCAAUGGUGACACUCCACUACAUAUUGCAGCAAAGGAAGGCCUCUUAGAAAUGCUUGACCUUCUGGUUCAAUCCUUGUGCAGUGUCAAUCCCAAUGUCACUACCACGAUAGUUACUGAGGAGCUGUCGAAGAUGAUUUUGUUGCUCAAUGGGUACCCUUCCUUGUAUGUUGCUGAGAGUGGAGGCCCACUUCGCGUCGUGCCUUUUAUCUUAGAAGCUUCUCCUCUGUCUCUCUACACCAACUCCGCAGGCAGAACCACUUUGCAUCAAGCAAUAAUCGCUAAUAGUUCAGAUAGCGAUGUACGCGGGUGGGCAGAAACAUUUCCAGAGAUGAUAAAGAAAAAAGAUGAAUAUGGGUCGAAUCCAUUGCAUUACGCCUCAUACUUUGGUUUCUCCAACUCUGUUUUCAUUUUGCUGCAAACUGAUAAAUCUUGUGCUUAUGAGCCUGAUAUGAGUGGCAUGUAUGCCCAUCUUCUUGCUGCUCAAAAAGGCCAUGACUCUGUAAUUAGGGAAUUGAACGAACAUUGCCCAGAUUGUUUUGAAUUGUUUGAUAGUCAAGGCCGGUCUGCACUUCACAUUGCUGCGGAGUCUGUAGAAUCAGAGAGGGUUUUUUGGUUUCUUACAGAGAAAACUCAUCAUCAUAUCAAUUUGCAGGACAAGAGAGGAUACACACCAUUGCUUCUGGCAUCUAAAAACCAAAAUGAAUCUGUUUUGGCCAGUCUAAGAGAUCACCCCAAAGUUCGUGGCAGUGCAGUACUUGAACGCCAAUUGGAGGUUCUUCGUCAAGUUGCUGAUGAGUCUGGCCGAGAAGCAGGAAAGGUUGACAUAUCUAUUGUAGCUGGUCUAUCUCGUCGCCUAAAGGACAAAGCGAAUAUCCAUUUGUUGGUGGCAACAAUUAUAGCCACAGUAAGCUUUGCUGCUGGUAUCAACAUGCCUGGUGGGUACAAAGGUGGUGAUGGUCCAUAUCAAGGAAUGGCUACCUUAACAAAGAAGGCAGCUUUCCAAGUAUUUGUGGUGUCAAAUUCUCUAGCUUUCUGUUUCUCAGUUGCCUCCAUUGCAAUCCACUUCAUGAUUAUUAUUGAGUGCCGUGUUAUAAACCGUGCAGUUUUACUCUUGUGUGCUCUGUUUCUAACUUUCGUGGGCCUUAUAGGAAUGGUAACAGCAUUCAUUUCAGGCACGAUUGCAGUGUUAGCUUCCUCUGGUGCUCUCUGGGUAGCCUCUUCUAUAAUUUGUUGCUGCUUUUUCUUGGUUUUCUAUGUGGUCAUAGGACCACCUUUCAGAAACAGAAGAGGAGAUGGGCAAGAGAAAGACAUAAACCAACUUCAUGACAGGGAAGAUGAAAGCCCGUUUCUAUACAAACUUACUGAUUUUUUGCUUGAAGAUUCCAAAUGA